GCCAUCUGUCCAUUCUCUGAAUACAACUGACAACAAAGGAGGGCAACUCUGCACUCAGGGAAUCAUACACACUCUGGAGCCACAAACAUUAACUCAUCCUGGAGAGUAUUGGUGAAAAAGUAACUUACUUGCAUCUUCCUGCGGUCUCAACCUCCAUCACUUGACCAGCAUCACUUCUACUUCAAGUUCCUCUUCAGGGGCGUCAUGGCAAGAGGGACCACAUUUCAAUUAACAUCUUAUCCAGAGGGCCUCGUCAUGGAAAUAUGAGAGACAGUCUGUUUGAGGCAUCUAGACCAGAGAGAACAAUGAAUAUGAAUAAGAGAGAGGACGGAGUAUCAGAGAGGGGGCUAAAUGUCACCCUCACCAUCCGCCUGCUAAUGCAUGGGAAGGAAGUUGGAAGUAUCAUUGGAAAGAAAGGCGAGACUGUCAAAAAAAUGAGAGAGGAGAGUGGAGCCCGAAUUAAUAUAUCUGACGGUUCCAGUCCAGAGCGCAUCAUCACCAUAACUGGCGCAUCUGAGGUCAUCUUUAAAGCAUUCGCCAUGAUCGCUGAGAAGUUUGAGGAGGAUAUCCUGGCCUCCAUGAUAAACAGCACAGUGGCAAGCAGGCCUCCUGUCACACUGCGCCUCGUCUUCCCUGCCAGUCAGUGCGGUUCACUUAUCGGCAAAGGAGGCUCCAAGAUCAAAGAGAUCAGAGAGAACACAGGUGCCCAGGUGCAGGUAGCAGGAGACUUACUGCCUGACUCAACUGAGAGAGCGGUGACCAUUUCAGGCACCCCUCACGCCAUCACACAAUGUGUGAAGCACAUCUGUACCGUCAUACUGGAGUCCCCACCUAAAGGAGCCACCAUUCCAUACCGACCCAAACCCUCCACAGGUGGCAGCCACACAGUGUUGGCACAACCACAUGCUGCUCCGGCUUUUGCUUUCCCAGGACAAUUUGCCAUUCCACCCCAAGACUUGACCAAGCUUCACCAGUUGGCUAUGCAGCAUAUCCCCUUUACCUCCCUUGGGCAGAGCAACCCCACCUUCCCUGGUCUGGAUGCUGCCUUUGCAACCAGUUCUCAAGAGCUGACCAUACCUAAUGAUCUCAUAGGCUGCAUCAUUGGCAGACAGGGCAGUAAGAUCAAUGAGAUUCGCCAGAUGUCUGGUGCCCAGAUCAAGAUUGCGGGGGCCACAGACGGUUCGGCUGUGCGCCACAUCACCAUCACAGGCUCCCCAGCCAGCAUCAGUGUGGCUCAGUACCUGAUCAGUGCUAGUUUAGAGAUGGCUAAACUGAGCAUCCAGGCUGCAUCAUCUACCACACCUAUCGACCUCGGCCUAGGUUUCUCCCAGUCCACCCCUUCCGCCUCCACACCCACCUCCAUGGCUGUCCUGGCUGCUCCCCCUUCUGCUAUUAACGUCCACUCCCCCCAGUCCAUGUCCUCCAUACCCAGUGCCCACUACGCCCUGCCUGUCUCCAGCCUGCUUGGCAUGAAAACCGUCCCUCUGCUGGCAGUGCACGCAGCUGCCUCUGCGAGCCUCCCGCCCGGCCUAACCCCCUACACCACAAAGAUCCCCACUUCGUCCAGCAUCAAAAAAUCAGAGCGGCAGAAGUUUGCCCCGUACUGAGCGGCUGUGGUCUUUAAUAUCAAGAGUAAUGUUGUAUUUGUUUCUUAUUCAUCCAUGAAUAUUUUGUAGAUUGAAAGUGUUCCCCGACUCCCUUUUUUUUUUUGAAAAAUGUCUCAAUAUUUUGCAAAAGUGCAUGACAAGAUUAAUUGCUCCUUAUAUCGUCUUCCAUUUUGUUUUGCAUUUCAUUCGGAAGUGUUUGAAAUAUCCAUCUCUCACCAUAUCAUUUAUCUGACACUCUUCCCUUUUUUUUCACGGAAAGCCAAAGCCCAAAGGAAUUUGCUUUAUUGGUACUAUGCAGCUCACAAAGAAGGUCUGUGUCUGUACGUAUAAUUUUUUCAGCUGUUGUUUGUUUAUCCUGGUGAGAUUUGAAUGUGCUGAUUAGACCAGGCAGACAUUUUUGUUAUUGUAUCAAAAUAAAGUCAUUUCAAAGAGAGUGUGAUGCUCUGCGUCUCAUACUCAUGUUGUUAUUCUGACUGCAACAGCAUAUUGGAUUUUGCAGAUACCGAUAACUAAGGUGCAAGGCAGAUAACUGUUUUAUUGGGUGAUAGUUUUUAAAAUAUAUUUAUUGAAUUUAUUGGAGAAAAAAAAUCCUGACUGUAACAGGCACAGACAUAGACACAAUAAUAGUCCAAAAUAAUAAAAUACCAGAUGCUGUAUAUUGUGCAACUUAAAUCCUAGUAAUAACCAGAAAACAAUUACGAUUUGGUGCAUAACGCGGGACAUUUAUGAAGAAAAUCUAUCUGUAAACUAUCGUGUGGACUUUUACAGAUACGAUAGUUCCAAAAACAGUGGUGCAGAUUAAAUCGGUCGACCCUUACAUACCCUACAUAAAUAAACUUUUCUGCAAAUACCUUCUUACCAGUUACCUCAUUUUUUACACUGCUAGCAUCACCAAACAGAAUUGCAAAAUAAUUACCUUACUCAAAUUUGUUGGCCAAACACGUGCCAUUGGUUGAGGCAUCGUUGCUGUGUCGGGUUGGUUGAAAUGCUCAAAUAAACAAAGCAAUGUUUUGAUAGCGCCACAGAGCUGUAGUGUUUACAUUCUUUUGGGGAAUCAACCAUUACAAAAGGGCUUAUUGGUGGUUAACGCUGCAUAUUAUGUAAACUGGGAUAGGAGAAAAUAUCUUAACAGUGAAAAAAAUGACACAUUUCAGCUUUAAAACACAAAGGCACAACAAGGCAAUCCUUGGUACACAUUUUUGAUACUAACAAAUUAGCAUCUGGCUCUUUUUAGAACAAUGCUGCAAGCACACCUUUAUAAUAUGUUAACCAUACCAUACAAUAUAUAAGAUUAUGUUGAUGUGAAACCAUAUCAAACAAAUUGUGUUAUUGUUUUUCUUUUCUCUCAGCUAAGUUAAAUGAUGAUACUGUAAAACUCUGACUCACAUAUGAAGUAGUAGACCCAUGCUUCUCAUGCCCAGCAGGGCUUUUAUCAGGUAUAAAACUGUUUUUAACAAUAAUUUGAUUUGUUAUUCUAUAUCUGAUUGUGUGUUUUCCUCCUAGGCUGUCCUCAGUAAUAGCACGUCUGAGGCCACUGUAGUGCGACCUUUAAAGUUUAUCAUUAAUCUCUCAUUGGAUUAUCCUAAAGCCAUAGUGGACUUUUAUGGACUCUGAUACUACUCAAGAAUUCCAGGCUACACAAUGAAAAUGAGCAAUGUUUUCUAACGUAUUUUAAAUUCUCGUAUUAAACAGAUCUGCUGUAAUUCGUUUUUUGUGUGUCAACCAUUCAAUGUAAGACAUGUACUGUAUUUGUGUUUGUUUUUAGAUUACUUUUUGAAGAUUCUGUAUGCAUUUUGCUGUUUAUGUAUGACAGUCAAUGUGCUUUUACUACAUACAUUACAAAGGUGUAACUUAAAAGUAAUUCUAUAAUUAAAUGAUAC